GGAGUGGGACCCUUGUCGUGCACCAACACCACGAUGGAYGACUACCCGAUGUAUGGGUUGCUGGUUGGGUUCUCCCUCUGGGGGACCCUCUGGCGUCUCCUCUUUCCUCUGGGAUUUUGGCAUACCUUUGCGUGUAGAGUAGGGCCCACUCGAGGUGGUACCGCCACCCAACCAUACACGAGGGAGGAGGAGGAGAAGAUGACCGCCAUCCUGCAGGAGAGGAAGGAGAAGAAGGAGGCCAAGAAAAAAGCCUUGAAAGAAGAACAGGCGGCCAAAUUGAAGAAGAUGGAGGAAGAAAUGGCCAGGGAGAAGGAGAGGCUGAUAAAGGAAGAAGAGGAGAAGCUGAAGGAGGUGGAUGAAGAGGAGGAGGGACCACCACUGCAAAGGAGUGGGCAGCACAGCGGCCGCAGCAGUGAUGAGAUGGAGAAGAAGAUUUCGGAGUGGGUCGCCAACUUAUCCCUGGGUGAGGAGGAAGAGGUUGCUAUGUACAUCCCCAAGGAUGAGCAAGAAGCCGCCAUGAAGGAAUGGGAAGCAAAAGAAGAUGUUCUGACGCAGCGGGCGAUGGAGGAUGAACAAAGGAUGGCGUGGAAGCUCGCAGUGAUGAGGGAGAAGAAGAGAAGAGUGGAGGCGGCGAAUGCGGCAAUGCAGGAACUGGAGGAGGUGAGGGCUGCCGUAACAACACAAUUGAUUCCGCAAGUGGAUCUCCAACGUAAAGUGAAGAUUAUCGCCCAAAGCGUUGAGCGGUUAGCUAAAGUGCAAGAAAGGCACUUCGAGUUUAGUCGCAGCCAAGAGAUAUCUGUACUCUCGAUGCGAACGGGCUUACGGGAUUUUGCUCGCGAACUAGUAGGCGCUGUGGGAUCCGAGGUGAGUCAUCGCCUCGAGAAGACUGAGCGUUUUUGUGUCGGCGUCAUCGAAGGCGUCAAGGUGGCCGCUCCCAAGGAGGAGGAGGCCCGUCCUCGCAGGGAGCCAGUCAAAGUCAAAUUCCCUGAUUCCUACAGUGGGAAAAGGGAAGAGAACUUUGACAAUUGGGAGGCCAAUGUUAAGACCCAUGUGCAUUUGCAACAGGUCUCCCCGGAUCAGCAGGUUUUAAUUGCGAUCCAUGCACUUAGAGACGAGGCCGCAAGUUUUGCGAGAUCCCUUGUUCGUGCUGCCAACUGUAGUGACGAUCCAGUUGCGUACUCCUCAUUUACGUCCUUCACCGAAUUCCUGAAGUUGCUGCGCGAGCGAUUUGCUGAUGUCGCUCGCAGUGUCAAGGCCUCAUACAAGCUCCAAACCAUCCAUUCUCGUAAAUGGAAGAGUGUCAGGGCACUCAAGGGUACAAUGAAUGAGUUGGUGGCCGUCCCUGACCAUGGGGUCACAGAGGGCUAGUUGGUCAACCUCUUUUACCGGGCUAUGCCCGAAGCCUUUCGAGGGCAGUUCUUCGCGAAGAGCGAAGAAGU